AUGAAUUUCCCAAAUCCUGCGUCUCUUAGCGAGGUCGAGCUUACCGCCCUCGUUAAAGACCUCCGUGGGUCUCUGCUCAGAGUAGAGCACAUGCUCAAUAAUUACAACUCCACCACCACAAACUCCAACGACAACUCCAACAACAACUCCAACGACAACUCCAAUAACAACUCCAACGACGCUACCACCUCCCCCUCUCCCGGAAAUGCUCAAAUGAGCAUCGAUCCGCCCGAUGACACCGUGUUCAUCGAAGUUCGCCGCCGGAGAAAACCCAAACGGGAAAAUCUCAAACGGGAGGAACCCAAACGGAAAAUUCCAAAGCGGCGCCGCACCACAUCCCCCCGGAAACCGUCAAAAUUGACGACUUCCUCUCCUCAUCCUCCUCAGAUGAGAGCGAGAACAUAA